UUACGUCGACUGCCUGACCAUGGCGCUGAGGAACACCGGCUGCACAACGAACCCUUUCUUCCUGACUUCGGAAUCAAAUCUAAUAAGAAGGAAGGUGCGCGACAAAAACCUCACCUGCGACCUCUACAGUGAUCUACUGAUACUCCAGGAAGGCUCCGAACGUAGCUGCUUGCGGGUUCGUGCCGUGAAGCUGUUCUUCAAAUGCGGCACGGCGUUUCAUUUCCACAUAGAAGGAAAAUCAUUGACGCCAGGAACAAUAUGCGAACUCUUGAAAACGUACGUGGAGUGCGGAAACGUCGCUCUUAAGGACACAAACUGCACAAACGACGAAACACUGCAGGCGCACAUGGGUUUUUUCUUGAGCCAGUCCCUGCAAAAACACUCUUUGCAUUGCCCUAAUAUCACCAGCCACAAGAGAAUGUCGCCGUUCUUGAAAGGUGCUCCAAGAGCGGCUUCCAAAGUUCAGCACUGGGCCAUGGCAAACAGUGAAUACGGCAACGCUGAUGAGCAUCGCAACGAAGAGCCCCAUUUGAAGCAUACCGAAGGAUGUGCUAUUGAAGACGCCCUGCGUCGUUAUUUCACGUGUGGUUCAAACUUCCUAUGGAAGAUGGUGAUAUGGAAAAGACAUUUUGCGAAGCACCAGCACGUCUACAACCUUACUGCGAAUGAAACGGGCCCGACAACACCUUCUCUCAGGAUGUUGGCGAGGAAGGCGAACGAGGAUGAUGAAGUCUGCGGGGUGAUCAAACAACUCCAGGAAUGCACGAACGAAAUCAUAUCCCACAGCGAGUGCAAGAAUGUUGACGGCCUCUCCACAAAAAUGCUCACCAUGCAGGAAAUACUCAUCGGGGACUCAGCGAAGUCAGCCUGCAAAUUCUUGCAUAAGGAAAAGCACGCUGUCUAUUCAUCGUACAGCAAACAGAAUCUGCCUCCACCAGGUUGCUCGUACAGGAAGCUUGUCAAGCUCUUUUCGUACUGCGUGGUCAAUUUUUUCUCAAGUUUUGCCAUGGCCAAGGACACCAUGCAGGCGUGCAUGUUUCUUGGCAGACAUGGUUCCUGUGUGCAACAGGCACGCAAGCUGACCAACUGCAGCAUGAAAGUGAAAGAGCUGGAAGAUUUUGUCUACCUCACGAACGUUGUGCAGGACAAAUACUCCUCCCGGUGCAAGCCAGAAGACAAGAACACACUGGCGGAGAAGAAAGCCGAAGCUGGAGUACCAUCUCUUUGCAAGAAGAAAAGUCUACUUCAAAAAUACCUGAGGUGCAGUUUUACGCUCCAAAAUAUGCUCUCGGUCAAGAUCGACGAAUGUAGGGCUCUUGAUUCAUUUUCGCAGUGUUUCAUGGAAGCCCGAGCAGACAACGAGUGCACAUACACGGACGACAGCUUCACCUCCAUUAUGCAGAUGCAGACGGAGUUAAUGACCGACACCCUUAGGUCUCGCUGCACGCAGAAGUCCGCCGACUUGAAUGUCUUGCUGAAAUGCGCUCAACCCGACGCGCUGAAGAAGAUGCUUCUUUGUGGCCUUUCUUAUAACAAGCUUAUGGAAGAUUUGAAGAGGCAAGGGGAGUACUACGUCACGUCGACGACAUGCAGUUACUUAGCAGAAUACCAGCACUGCAUGAUCGAUGUCGAGAGGACCACUGGCUGCACGAAGUCUACACUUCACGAGCACACAUCGGCUAUACUGAAUUUCUGGACUUGGAAUGUGGCUCCAUUGUGUGAAAGCGCCGCUUCUCUGUUGCUGACAGACGUUGAUCCCAAAUGUGACUACCCAAAAUCACUCUUAAAGGCUCUCCAAUGUACCAUAGAAUUUCAGGAGUUCGCUGAGCAAGCUACAUGGGACACGAUGACGUCAGCCGAAUCUUGCUCGUCUCUGGAAAUGCUCGACAAAUGCCUGAUACACUCUCUGGACAAUGGACAGUGCAAGCACAGCCUGAAUGCCAAGGCUCAAGUGUCCGUGCUGAGGUCGUUACUCAUGGCCGAGUACAAAGUGACCUGCCGCAAAGUAUACCAGUCGGCACCCGGAAUGUCUGAGAUGCAGCCGGACGACUACGUAUACGAGGAUUACUACUACUUUGGCGACGAAGUUGUGCGCACGAGGGCACCAGAAAAGAGGCCUGACCACUUCCUCGAGGAGCAGUUGAGUAACGGAACGAGGAUCGCUCCAAGUGCCCGCUUGAAACUGCACGAUCAUCUCGCGAGGAUCUACAACAAGGUGCGUGGGUUCGGGUUUGACAAGAUCAUGAACAAGGUCAAACAUGAUCCGCAGCCCCCCAACGUGCUAGUAACAACCCCGACCGCCGCAUUCAAUAUGACGAACUCCAGCGAUGAACAGCAACCCCAAUCGCCAAUGACGGGUGUGGUCAUUCCGGUUCUUGACAACGAUGACGGACUGUGCAACAUGGCUGGGUACGAGAGGGAAAAGCAACGCUGCAGUCAGUAUAUAUCUGAGCAAGCCAGAAAGUACAAACGAAACGUCAAGUAUAUACCGGUGUCCAAUCUCAGAGACAUCGCCGACAACGUGUGCAAGAUGGUGGACCUCUACCGUGCCUGCAUGAGCGAAAUAGCUGAGCGCAAUAAGUGUCUGGUGAUGCUCGCCAACACACCUCGGAUUGUCGAGAACGAGCUGAUAAAACUUGGCCUGACGUUUUGCACUACUGCUACGAUCGGGUCAGGAUGCCAGCCCCGGUACGACGCCGGUACAGUCACUGUCGUAUUCCUGUGCAGCCUGAGUUUGAGGAUCCAAAAUUGGGAAUAAAUAUCGAG